AACUGUUUGGCUCUAACCAAGCGUCUUCACCAUCGUCACAGCUAUUGAUUCUAGAAGACUUCCACGUGUCUUGAAGACUCAUCAAGAAGAGCCUCAGCCACAUCCUGUCAGCCUUAUUUCCGGCUGACCCUUAGACAAGCUAGCAUUACUACUACACUAAGCACUAAUCCACUUAACUACUGACAAGUGGAACAAAGCUAUGACCAUCUUAGUAUUAUGAUGCAACUUCCCCUAUCCGUAGUGUAGUCCCGUGUCCCAAUCAAUGAACCCCCACUAUCACAAACAAGCUCCCUUCUUCCCUCACACACGUCCAUUGUUGUCCACCAUGGCAGACUCCCUCCCCCUUCAGGUAGCCGAAACCCUCCAAACCUCGCACAUCAACCCCUCCCCUUCCGCCGCCCACGACACCAACCCAUCCACCGCCGCCUCCAAAAAGACUCCCGUCCACAUCUCCUCAACAUCAGACCCCGAAACCGACCUAUCCGACCUCUCCGACGACGAUGAAGACUACCCCCAUUCCUCUUCCCGCAAAAUAAAACCCGUCUCCCGCCAUCACCUCCCCCCGCUCCCCGACCUCAGGUUUGAACAGUCCUACCUCGCCAGCAUCAAAAACGCGGAUACCUGGUGGAAGAUCGCUCUAAUCACGGCGAGGGAUCAGAUGAUCAUGCCUCUCGUUCAAGGCGUUGCUUACAACCUCGCGAUUUGCGGUUGGCAGCAUUGGAACAGAAAUGCCCAGCUCAGCGGGCAGAGCCUGGGUGCGCGGGUGAGGCGGUGGUGGUGGGGUGUGAAUAACUGGCCGAUUCCCGGGGAGAGGGGGUAUAAGAGGAGGUAGAAGGGUGAAUGGUACCAUGUGAGAAAGAAGGGGGAGAGGUUUUCAUAUAUAAUAAUGACACAGGCGUACAACACACGGCAUUGCACGGAAUAUGGAUAUCGGUUAUCUUAUCGAUGCAAAGUCAAAGAGUUCAACAGUUAU